AUGAGUGUGUCCAAUGACACUCCCGAUUCUGAUUGUGGAGGAUCCUUGCAGGCGUUGUCCUGGCCCAUUCUACUUCGGCUCGAAAUUUUCCUAAGUUCCUACUUCGUAUCCUCACUGCAGUAUUCAACCAUACAUACAAGCCGAAUCAGGAGAAUGCUCGAGAUGACUGCUCAUGUUCAGACCGAGAACAUGCUGGACAAGACAUCUCCCGUAGAUCUGGUCAACUCCACGUCGGCCGGCUUCAACACGGAGGGUCUCGUGAGUCCCCGCACCGGCCCACCGGUCUCGGCGGCGCAGACCCGGAAGUCGAGGGUGGCCUUGGCUUGUAGGCGAUGCAAGAGAAGGAAACAGCGUUGCGACGGCGCACAUCCGAGUUGCAGGUCUUGCGUCAAGUCCAACUCGUCAUGUGUCUAUGAACGUGCACUGAGGCCGCACUAUCCUGGCGGAAAGUCGCUGCAAGUCUUUCCCUUCAUGCUGGUACAAUUGUAUACUUACACGAGCUUCAGGUACAUCAGCGCACUAGAAGAGAGAAUCGCAUUUCUCGAGGCCCGGAUGCCAGAUUACGCAGAAGACCACUUUGUCAGGACAUCUUCCGUGGCAACACCACCGGAACCCAAGACGAAAGAUCCUCGGAGAAAUUCACGAGACCCACUAUCGGACGAUGAGCAGUCCUCUCUAGUCAACGGCGUUGCGUACUUGUCGCUCUGUGCAUCUGGCACAACGGACACUGCACCAGAGCCAUUCUACCUAGGAUCCAGUUCCGGCGCAACCAUUGCGCGCAUGAUCCAGUCUUCCAUCUUUCACAGCUCGAGCGGUAAAGCUGCGUUUGAUGCUAUACCAACGACUCAAGCUCUCUCAUCGACUCCGCAAUUGCAUUUCGAAGUAUCGGUGUCCUCUAGCCCGAAGGAAUCCCAAUCCGAGUUCCCGUGCCCUGAGCAAGCGGAGGUGCUGUUUGAUGUCUUCUCUGAUCGGCUUCAUACGCGAUGGCCUAUUCUGGAUCGCAAACUGUACACUAAGCUAUUCCAGAAGCAAUACGACCGUGGAGCCCUGUCUAUUCAGCACCGAAGCAUUAUGCACCUGAUAUACGCCAUAUCCGCAAGGUUCCUACAGUUGAUGAAGAAGCCUUGUGAUGUAGAUCCCCAGAAACAUCUCACGGCGGCCAUUGAGCCGAUGGACUACAUACUGGAACAACACAAUCUAGCCACUGUACAAUUUCUCCUCCUACUCGCCGUGCAUGGAACUAGAAGUCCCUACGGUGCCGGCUCAUGGUCUCAGGUGCGGUACGCUGUCACGCUCUGCAUAGAGCUGGGUCUCCAUCGAAAGGAAUCUAACACCUCGACUCACGAUUUACGCGAUCUCGAGAUCAGAAGGCGCGUCUUCUGGUCAUGUUACUGUUUGGACCGUAUGACGAGUGCGGUACUUGGACGUACAUUCGCCAUCGCUGACAGAGACAUAAAUACCGAGCUUCCAAGUGAUAGCUUAGAUUUCUGGGACUUGACAGCACUGAAUAGCCCAUCAAAUUCACCCGGACUGCCUUGGUCAAACAUGAAGCCUUUCAUACACAUUAUUAAGCUCCGAAGGAUACAGUCCAAGAUCCACCGCCGAGUGUACCGAGUUGAUAAGGACAUUUUUUCGGUUUCUUCAGAAGAACGAGCGGGACUUGAGACCAAAAUGGGACAAAUUAGAGCCGAACUCGAUGAAUGGGUGAGGACAGUCCCCCAUCAUCCGACAAAAGGCGCCGGAGCAAUAAGCUGGAUGUACGACCCAGAAAGCGCCUAUCAUGACUCGAGAGAUUUCUUCAUCUUGCAGUACCACAAGUCGGUCCUAUCGCUCUACACUGUUUUCCUUCCAGUACUUCACACCUCUGACUCGAGAUUCCUCACUACCGCUCGAUCCGCCGCCCGCGUUUGCAGGGCAUACAAGCGACUAAACCAGCAGAAGACGCUAAGCUACACCAUGAUGGCAUUGCAUUCAUGUUUCAUUGCCGGCUUGACGCUUGUAUACUGUUUAUGGCGGGAACAUGCUCUCUUCUCGUAUGACACGCUUGAAGCCACGAGGGCGUGCUCUCAAUCCCUCACCAUCUUCGGUGAGAAGUUUCACGGUGCGGUGAAGUAUCGUGACAUCUUUGAUGCCCUCUCGGGGAGUCUGUUCAAGACAAUCGUUAGCCCGCUAGCAGGUCCUGGUGGGGGAUCACAGCCUCUAGAUGUGGACUUAGGAGCGAAUCCAGUAGGCGACCGAUUGAUGUCGCCGUCGACAACUGCACAAGAAGUGCACGUGGCCAUUGAACGGAGCAGCGAGACCGGGGAAAAGUCAUCCAUGGCCCAUGCUAUUUCCGACGCCGUGAAAGAGGCAUUUAUGGAGGUAGAUGAAGAAGCACCGGGCGGUUGGCAGGGUUGGAGGAUGUUCAACGAAAUGGUGCAGCCUGACCUCAAAUCUACCCACAGCCCGAAGAAAAUUGAUGGAGGAGACAGACCGCACGGCAAAAGUAAUGGUUUUGAACUUGAGUUGGAAUUCACAAAAGAGCUUGAGCAGGGGGCUUACUUGAACUUGAUGGAAUCUGACUUGGACUUUGGCGAGUUGUGA